UUUUAGAAUAUGGGUUAUAAUUAAUGUCUGAUCUAGUGGGUUUCAAUGGGCAGUAUUGAUAUAAAGCACCACUUUUUCUUUGGAGGCCAAGAUUUUUCAAAUGCGCUAAGCAUUAACCAUGAAGGACUACUUUAUGAAGAAGAUGCCAUUUCUGUAAAAGAAUUCACAGUUAUUGAAAAGCAAGGGAGAAGACCUAAAAUGGAAGAUACUUACUUAAUUGUUGAUAGGUUUAGAAACAACCCUGAAGAAGGACUAUACUGUAUAUUUGACGGUCAUUCUUCAGACCAUAUUUCCAAAUACCUUGCCAAUAACUUCAGUACUAUUUUUGAAAUUUGCUUAAAUAAAACACAGGAGGUAAUUGAAAACAUAAAGAACCAAAAGGUGAAAUCAGAAAUAUACGAAAUAAAGCAAAGUAUCAAAGAAAAAAGGGAAGAUGAUAGACAUUAUUGGAGAAAGCGUUUCGGUCUUCAAGAUGAUUCAGAUAAUAUGGACGAUGAAGAAGAAUUAUCAGAAAGCAGUUCCAUUAGAUAUAACAAAGAGAUAAAAGAUAUAAUGGAACGGAUAUUUAUCAAAGAGGAUGAGAUAAUCAUAAACAGGUCUGACCUCAGAAAUAGCAAAAUGAGAAAUAAUAAAGAUGUUAAAAUGGAAGAUAUCAAGCGAGAGCUGAAAUUAUACAAGCACGAAGAUGAAGAAGAAAACAAUGAAGAAAGCACGCAGGAGGAGGAGGAAAAGAGUCAGGAUAUUCAUGAUUUGAUCGAUGUAACUGUUUGUGUAGAACAGAAGAUGGAUGUUAUCAUGACUCAAACCUUUGAAUAUAUCAAUUCAAAAAUCAUUAAUAAUCUCGGGAAAUCAUCUGGAAGUACUGCAGUAGUUAUUUAUAUUACCAAAGAAGAAGAUAAAAAAGUUCUUUACUGAGCCAACUGAGGGGACUCCAUGGCAUUUUUAGUAAACCAAACUUCUAUAGAAGAUUUAUGAGGAUUUCACCAUCAUACUAAUUUGGAGGAGAAGAAAAGGAUAAGAACCAAAAACAGGGAUCUUAAUACUAACAAGGAAUUUGAUAGAGUAGGGGAUACCAUAUCUGUCACUAGAGCUUUUGGAGAUAGAAAUUUCUCAAAAUUUGGAUUAAUAUGAACCCCUGACGUCAAAAGAAUCGAGUUAGCUAAAGAGCAUAAAUUCUGCAUAAUCACAUCUGACGGGAUCACCGACAAAGUAACAACAGAAGACAUCUACAAAAUCUCCCUUAAAAAUGAAGAAUCUCUCGAAAUCUGCACAAAAAUCACCAAUCUAGCCCACAGGAGAGGAACCACCGACAACACAACCUGCUGUGUUCUAAAACCUACUAUUUCAUCGUGCUAAUUUCUAGAACUCUCUUUC